UGGUACAUAAACAAUUACUUCUGGCGGGCUAUAAAGUCCCGGCAACCCAGACCCCUCGGCCCGCACCUCCCCGGCAGCUGCCCGAAGCCAGACACCAGGUAGGGGCCGGGACGCUACACACCGACCUAUGUUCCUCCGCGCCCACGCCCUCCCCGCGCGCCCUGGGUCACGUGCCCAGACCCAAACGAUCAUCGAGUCUGUCCUCCGGCCUCCCAGAGAGGACUCGGAAGUGUCUUGCAGCCAGCGCGGGCCCUUCCGGCCGGACCGUCCGCGCUUUUGUCCCUCCGGCGGCAGGGCUCCCGCGGCGCCGCCACAGCAUGUCACAUUUGAAGACGAGGGGCACUGAGGAUGAGAAAUCAACUGAAAAGUAUGAAAAUGUUGGAAAUGCAGAAUCUUUGUGGCCAAAAGUGGAAGGUCUUCACAAGGAUUGUAUACAGGAAUAUAAGGUUGGUGAAACUUGUGAUUGCAAUAGCAAGGUAGAAAAUCAGCUGCAAAAUCCUGAGGGAAAAAGAAUGAAGGAAGACAAAAGUGGCAUCACGGAAAAGAUCGACAAAGCCAAGAAUGCAGCAAAUAUAAAGACAGAACGGGAAGACGAGGCAUCUGAGAAAAGCUUACAUCCAAGUUCAAAACAUGUUAUACACCAGACUCUCUCUGUAGAACAGAUAAGCAGUGAACAAGACAGAUGUGUGGAGAACUUUAAUGGAACCUCUCACCCUGGUCUGCAGCAGAAAACCAGUGCUGUUAAGAAGUCACACAAAUGUGAUGAGUGUGGGAAAUCAUUCAAAUAUAAUUCCCGCCUCGUUCAACAUAAAAUUAUGCACACUGGGGAAAAACGCUACGAGUGUGAUGACUGUGGAGGGACUUUCCGGAGCAGCUCCAGUCUUCGAGUCCAUAAAAGGAUCCAUACUGGGGAGAAGCCCUAUAAGUGUGAGGAGUGUGGGAAAGCCUACAUGUCCUACUCCAGCCUUAUAAACCACAAAAGCACCCAUUCUGGGGAAAAGAACUGUAAAUGUGAUGAGUGUGGGAAAUCCUUCAAUUAUAGCUCUGUUUUAGACCAGCAUAAGAGGAUCCACACAGGAGAAAAGCCCUAUGAAUGUGGUGAGUGUGGGAAGGCUUUCAGGAACAGCUCUGGUCUCAGAGUCCACAAAAGGAUUCACACAGGGGAGAAGCCCUAUGAAUGUGAUAUCUGUGGGAAAACUUUCAGUAAUAGCUCCGGCCUUAGGGUCCAUAAGAGGAUCCAUACAGGUGAGAAACCUUAUGAAUGCGAUGAGUGUGGGAAGGCCUUCAUUACUUGCAGAACACUUCUAAACCAUAAAAGCAUCCACUUUGGAGAUAAACCUUAUAAAUGUGAUGAAUGUGAGAAAUCGUUUAAUUACAGCUCUCUCCUCAUUCAGCAUAAAGUGAUCCACACUGGAGAGAAACCUUAUGAAUGUGAUGAAUGUGGGAAGGCCUUCAGGAACAGCUCAGGCCUUAUAGUGCACAAAAGGAUCCACACAGGAGAGAAACCCUACAAGUGUGAUGUCUGUGGCAAAGCGUUCAGCUAUAGCUCAGGCCUUGCUGUUCAUAAAAGCAUUCACCCUGGGAAGAAAGCUCAUGAAUGUAAGGAGUGCGGAAAAUCCUUCAGCUAUAACUCACUUCUGCUUCAGCAUAAGACCAUUCAUACUGGAGAGAGACCUUAUGUAUGUGAUUUGUGUGGGAAAACUUUCAGGAACAAUUCAGGCCUAAAGGUCCACAGGAGGCUCCAUACUGGGGAAAAACCAUAUAAGUGUGACGUGUGUGGGAAAGCCUAUAUCUCACGCUCUAGCCUUAAAAACCACAAAGGAAUCCAUCUUGGGGAAAAGCCCUAUAAAUGUACCUAUUGUGAGAAAUCUUUCAAUUACAGCUCUGCCCUUGAACAACAUAAAAGGAUUCAUACAAGGGAGAAACCUUUUGGGUGUGAUGAGUGUGGAAAAGCCUUCAGAAAUAAUUCAGGCCUUAAAGUACAUAAACGGAUCCACACUGGGGAGAGACCUUACAAAUGUGAAGAAUGUGGGAAAGCCUACAUCUCACUCUCAAGCCUUAUAAAUCAUAAAAGUGUACACCCUGGGGAAAAGCCCUAUAAGUGUGACGAGUGUGAAAAAGCCUUCAUCACAUACCGAACCCUUAUAAACCACAAAAAAAUCCAUCUUGGGGAGAAGCCCUACAAAUGUGAUGUAUGUGAGAAAUCUUUUAAUUACACUUCACUCCUUUCUCAACACAAAAGGGUCCACACUAGAGAGAAACCUUAUGAAUGCGACAGGUGUGAGAAGGUCUUCAGAAACAACUCCAGCCUUAAAGUGCAUAAAAGAAUCCAUACUGGGGAGAAGCCCUAUGAGUGUGAUGUAUGUGGAAAAGCCUACAUCUCACACUCAAGCCUUAUUAACCAUAAAAGUACCCACCCUGGCAAGACACCUUUCACAUGCGAUGAAUGUGGAAAAGCUUUUUUCUCAAGCAGAACUCUUCUAAGCCAUAAAAGAGUCCAUCUUGGGGAGAAGCCCUUCAAAUGUAUCGAGUGUGGGAAAUCUUUUAAUUACAGUUCACUCCUUUCUCAACACAAGAGGAUCCACACAGGGGAAAAACCUUAUAUAUGUGAUAGGUGUGGGAAGGCGUUCAGGAACAGCUCAGGCCUCACAGUGCAUAAAAGGAUUCACACAGGCGAGAAACCCUAUGAAUGUGAUGAGUGUGGGAAGGCAUACAUCUCACACUCAAGUCUCAUUAACCAUAAAAGUGUCCAUCGUGGGCAGCAGCCCUAUAAUUGUGAGUGUGGGAAGUCCUUCAAUUACAGAUCAGUUCUUGACCAACACAAAAGGAUCCACUCUGGAAAGAAGCCAUACCGAUGUAAUGACUGUGGGAAGGCUUUUAAUAUCCGAUCGAAUCUCACCAAGCACAAAAGAAUCCAUACUGGAGAGGCGUCUUUCAGUGUGACCUCUGUGGGGAGUCACAGUGAUACAUCACAGAAGAUAAUUUAUGAGGGAGGGAGUACUCUGGAUAUGACCAACAUGAGCUUAUCUGUAGGUGGCCGAGCUUACCAAGUCUCAGGUCAAAUGGAAGAAAAACCUUAUGAAUGUAUGAACAUCUGAGCUCUUUGUUCAUUUGUAAUUUACACAAUGUACAUGAGACUACCAGUGCUCUUCAGGGCGAUCUGCAUCACAGCCAGCAAAGAAGACUCCAGUGUCAAGAUAGUUGAGCCUGAAUGGGACACAGUUUGUCCUGGGAUAAAACCGAUCCAAGUAACAAUGAUUUAAAAACCUUCCAAACAAGCAGACAUUUCUGGGACAUAAAACACAUGGAUGAGGAAAGAACUUAGAGGUCAUAUAAUUACCAUCAGAAAGCUCAUAUUUGGGUAAAUUUUGUGAAUAGAAAUGGGGGAAAUUCAGGUAUAGCUUUGAAUCCUAAUUAUACAUUGGUUGGUGGGAAAAAUACAAGGAGGGCCUCCAACAGGCAAAUUCAGGAGAGAGAUAGGCUUCAGGGAAUAAAAACUUAUUUAAUAGUGGUGAUUGCAAAGUAUAAAUUUGAUAUAAUUGAGUAAUUUGUGAGGGGUGAUGAUAAAUUUUGAAACAAAAUUGGAUUUGUUGUAGGAAGAAUAAAAAGUAUAGACAUGAAUCUAGCAGGAAAUAGUAAUUUUAAAAAUGUAAGUUGAUUGGACUAUAUGGUUGUAGUGAAAUACUCUGGGCAAAACUUUUUAAAAAUUUUCAAAUGAACCCCCUCAAUGAAUGAUGAAGUGUGGUGAAUGAAAACAUCACACAUUAUGCUACACAUACAAGGUUCUACCAUAACCAGAAAUUCAGCAAUUAAAUAACUAAUGGAACACGUCUUCAACAUGAAUUUGCACCUACAAAAAAAUAUUUGAUUCAGGGAUUCCUGUGAAUAGGAAUGCUGAGAAAGAGAUUUUAUUAGAAAAGCUAGAAAGCUAAGUACCUAUUGAUAAUUGAGGGAUUGGAGGAAAUUCAUGAUUCUUAAUAUUCCUGUUAAAUAUUUGGUUGUUUUGGAAUGUGUUAUUGUAAAGAUUUCAUGCACUACAUGUGUGUAUUGUCUGUUGUAAAAUGUUAUGAAUACUUUGUUCAGGGCUCACUCUGUCUUGGCCGUGAAAAGCCAGAUAGAUAUGGUGAGGUAAGGUGGAAGUCCAAUAAAGAAACUCCUCAAAAGUAAA